UAUCCGUUUUCCAUGGAAUUGUGACAGCAAAUAAGACUGCGCUUAGCGAUUCUUCAUUCAACGAGGAAAUUAAACGCAACGCAUUUGACAGUAAAAUGUAAUAUUCACCGCGCAAGGAAAUACGUUAUAGUGUGUAGAUUGAAAUAGGCCAUGUAAAACGCUGCAGGCUGCGUCACUACUUAUGCAUUUCAUUUGUCCCUUUUUGUUCACACACAACCGCAACAUAAUCAAUUCAAUUCAAGUCAUUUUUUUUGUUUCAAACGACGUGAAAAGAUUACUUAAUUCACAAAAACUGAGUUAAAAAUGAAAGAAUUCAAGAUCAUUAUUCUGAAGAACAAACACUGAAUGUGAAUUUUUUUGCAAACGGAAACAAUUCUUCCUGUUUUUUUUACCUGGCAAAAAUUGAACUAAUUUACUGAAAAACAUAAAGAAUUAUUGUUUAGUGUUUGGCUUCGCCGUUACCGUUUACUGUUUUUUGUUCUUAUUAUCAUGUCGUCUCAAAAAAGAUCCUAGUUAUUCUAUUUUAUCGACAUCGAAAUCGAGCCAAAAUAUUGUAUAGUGCGCAGAAACUGGAGUCAGUCGAAAAGCGCUAUUUUUUCAGGCGAACAAGAAGAAAAGUAAUGAAAACACUGUCAUCAUCUAAAGAACAGUCCGGGACCUCAGAUAACGAUGACGUCAUUUCUUCAUCUCCGGAUUGCACCCCUGUGGUGACCCCCGAAACAGAAGCCAACCCUCUGACCCAUUUGAGGCACAAGGAGGCCAAACUGCCCGAUGACCUUGAAAUGGGCGUGGCAGGGGCAGAUAUCUCCACAGCCGCGUCUAUCAGGGAUCCGAAUGAGCCUCCGGUGUCAGUGUGGAAUCAGCUGUUGGGCUCUCUCUUCGCAUUCAUGGCUGUGUCCGCGGUCAGUGCCAACACCCUCGUCAUCAAACUCAACCCCAACAUCACUGUCUCCUGGUUCCUACUAUGGCAAGGAAUAGCCAUGGUUUUCAUCCAGUCUUCGCUCACAAUUAAGACAAAAUCAGACGCUGGUGCGCCCAAUGUCAUCAGACGCAAUUGGAUUGGCAUCCUGAUGAAACUUGGAGUCAUGUUCCUCCUUCUCCCAGUCUUGUUUCGAAUCAUACCAGAGAUGCCAUUCGGAGACCUGUCAGUUAUACUCACUUGUGGCCCAUCACUGCUUGUGGCCAUUUUCGCAUUUAUACUGUUUGAUGAAAAACUGACGAGGAUCCAGGUGUUCUUGGUUGUAUUGAGUUCUUUCGGAGUUGUGUUCAUUAUCAGACCGGCAAUCAUCUUUGGAGCAACGAAUUCGGAUCAAGUUUAUCCUCACAGAGUAUUAGCAACCUUGUUUUGUGUGGGCCUCGCAGUUCUCAUCACAACCCAGGUUCUUGCAGUGCGCAAAAUGGGAUUCGAAGUGAACGCAUAUCUCCUCAACACUUUAGUGGGAAUCGCUCUCACUCUCAGUGGAACCGCAUACCAAAUAUUCUACUCGGACGAAAAACUGUACAACGAGUAUUUCUGUUCUCACAAUAUCUACUGCGCCCUUAUUAUUGCCAUAUCGUCUAUUUUAGCAUCUUUUAUAUCUCCAUUAGAGACUCUUGCAUUACAGAGGGUAAAAGCUGCAGUUUAUACGUCUAUUGGCACUUCAAAAGUAGUCUUAGACUAUACUCUUCAAGUCAUUUUGUUCCCCGAUGAAGGAAUCUUCUGGUCGACGGUGUUGGGCGCGAUUGUGGUCACAAUAACGGCUUUUGAUCUCUCACUUAACUUAGACGUGGUCAUUGUUCGAUGGUUCAAAAGAAAGAAGUCGGAGAUAAUUGAGCAAAAAGUAAAGGAUGGACUUAACGAGAACAAUCAUGUUACUUUGGAGACAAUGAAUGUACAAACGAACUGUUGAAUAGUUGAAUCGAAUUCAACUGCGGAAGUUUCUUCUCAUUACGAGGCAUUAUUUAGUCACAAAUCCUUGUCGUCUAUAUCGUACUUAUUAUCAUUUGUUUUGUUUCUAAAGAAAAAUGAAUUCUCUGGUAAUCUGUUCCGAUUUGAAAAUUUUGUAUUUCUGAUUCCAUUACAGCUCUUAAUGAUUAAAGAAAACUUCUGGUAAUUUACAAGAGCUGCAAAGUU